UGACGACGGCCCUCAUCUCUUGUCUGCCAGCCGCGGUCUUUCACGCUCUCUGAUAUUGCCUUUGUUUUCACUCGGCGGCACGCAUUUCUCGGCGUGACGUCAUCCUGUGUGAAGCUUUUUUAACGAGCCAAGACAAGUGUUUCUUUCGUCAGUUCGUCUCGGGCGAGUGUUUAAUGACACGUAGGCCGACCGAUUUCGCACAGGUGCAUUCGACUGGUGCAAACGAAAGAACGGGACCCGAGUUUUCCGACUCAGCUGCCACCGAUUAGAGUGGGGAAAUCGAUUUUUUCAGCGGCUGCGAACCGAAAAGCGAAAACAGACCACUGUCCAGCGUUUUGGGCUGGCCACCACCUGGGGCACGGAUGCCAACUGGCCACGGGGGCGUGUCCACGGACACGCCCUCCCCCGCCACUGGUUGUUUGUUUACAUUCGUUUGUUGAUUAUCUUGCAGUUUGGCUAGGUAAUUUUGGCAGAGAAAAAUGGUCUACUUGCACUUUCCCACAAAUCUGACUGAGGAGGAGCUUAUGCUUCAAGCAAAGUAUCAAAAACUCAGGAAAAAGCGAAAAGCGCUGCAAGCUCUGAAAGCUCCAAAGCCAGAACCGGAGAGGGCACCAGUGUUGAAACGUCCUUUGGAGGCCAAGGACGCAAAAGAGAUGGCCAAGAAGCUGAUCAAAUCUGGUGCCAUAGCCGCCAUUACCAAGAGCCCUCGUAAAGCAGAACAGGCCGGCUUCAAAAGGCCCAUCAGAGCAAUGGAACGAAAGUUGUCUGGAACUGACCGUGCUGUCAGCGGCUACCAACCCUUCUCUGCCACUCACCCUGAAGAAACAGAGACUGAAGCCAGACCAAGAGUCAAGAAUUUGUACGAGAGCUUUGUGUCUGCCCGAGAUCGAGAAGAACGAGGCCUGACGGACAAUAAAGAGGUUGGAGCCGGAGGUCGACCUGAGCAGGCUAAGCCUAGACAAGGCAACACCAUUUAUGUCUACGGCUACAAAAUCACAGAAGACAUUUUAAAAACGGCGUUUCAGCCCUUUGGAAAAAUUGUCAAUGUUUCCAUGGAAAUUGAGAAAAACCGAGGGUUUGUCACAUUUGAGAAGAUGGACUCUGCUGACAGAGCUAUUGCGGAGAUGGAAGGCAGUAUGGUGAAGGGCAUUCAACUAAAGGUGACUCUUGCGAGACGACAGCCACGCAUAGAGCCUAUAAACGAAGCAUCAUCCUCGGCCACUUGGUCAACUAUAGCUGCCAGCCAUUCACAGAAAGGCAGCCACAAAGAUGCAAGAGAACUGGUUGUGUACGAUCAUGACCUUUUUGAGUGAUUUGAUUAAGAGGAGAAGUUUAUCGACAACGUUCUACAUUGUGGUACAAUUAUUGAUCCCUGUAAAUAGUGUGCAGUCUCAAAUCAACAUGUUUAUGCUCUAAACAACUCUGAAAUAAAUUGUGUUGCAAUUAAUAAAGAAGCCUAAAGUGAU